GUUGCCGCAGGUCUGGGCACCUCUCAAAAUCGUGAUUCCCAGCCUGGGUUCCAAACUAGCGACUGUGACUCCCCAGAGGCCUUCUCCACGCACUCCACCCCGUGGGGGAAAAUGAUCCCCAGCACUGUGAACCAAGUGGGGCCGGCGUCGCGUCACUUCCGGCUCAACGCCCGCCCGCCGCUCAUGUGCACAAGCCCAGCUGCUCCCAGUCGAGCGGACCCCUUCCGGAACGGGCCGCACGCGUUGAGGAACCUGGGCGGUCCCACGCUGAGGGCCCCCUCCGAUGUGCAUCCGGGGCGGAUGGUCCUCCAGCUGAGUCCGGAGGAGGACCAGGCGAUCACUUGUCUUCUCAAACUGCGCUACCAAGGCGCCGCAGACACUCAGGUCGGCCGGGGUGACUUCGGUCCCGCAGACGAGGGGCUGCCCGGCGGUACAGUUGCGGGAUGGGUGGAGUUCAGGCAAAUGGACACCGUGGAACAUUACGAGGAAUACAUGCUACCGAUCCCGAGCAACGUCCCUGACGCUGAGCUCACAAGAGCUGAAAAACAAAAGACGGCCACUGAAGCGCCUCCGGUAGCCGCUGCCCUGGACGGACUCUCUGGCAAUUGACCUUUGCAGUGGACUCACGGAAGAAGUCGUGAACCAUGAGCUCAGUGGCAGUGUUGACCCCCGAGAGCUUUGUGGAGCAUCGCGACGGCCUGAAGGACCAGGAGAUUAUCGGCUGCGUCCACGAGGACGAGGCCGACAUCCCCACCUACCUGGAGGCCUUCCCUCCUCUGCCAGAAAAGGGUGCGCCGGGGGAGGAGGCGGCCCCCGCCUGGGGGGCUACCAUCAGGCCCAUCAAAGCUUCCGUCAUCACUCGGGUGUUCCACGUGCCCCUCGAGGAGCCCCGCUACAAGGACAACAGCCAGUUCGGGGAGGGCGAAGAAGCUAAAGUCUGCUUGGACAUCAUGCAACGAACAGAAGCCCACAUUGAGCUCUCCCUGGCUAAAGACCAGGGCUUGUCCAUCAUGGUCACAGGCAAAGUGGACUCCGUCAUGAAGGCCCGCAAGGAGAUUGUGGCCCGACUGCAGACUCAGGCCUCAACCGCCGUCGCCAUCCCCAAGGAGCACCACCGCUUUGUCAUCGGGAAGAACGGCGAAAAGCUGCAGGAACUGGAGCUCAAGACCGGGACCAAGAUCGGAGUUCCGCGGCCGGACGACCCCAGCGCCGACAUCCGCAUCGCCGGGACCAAGGAGGGCAUCGAGAAGGCGCGGCACGAGAUACUGCUGAUCUCUGCGGAGCAGGACAAGCGUGCGGUGGAGCGUCUCCCCCUGGAGAAGGCCUUCCACCCCUUCAUUUCGGGCCCGCACAAUCGGCUGGUGCAGGAGCUGAGUCAGGAAACGGGCGCCCGCAUCAGCGUACCCCCUGCCAGCCUGCCCAAGGACGAGAUUGUCGUCACCGGGGAGAAGGAGGCCGUCGCCCUGGCGCUCGCCCGCAUCCGCGCCAUUUACGACGACAAGAAGAGGAAGACCACCACCAUCUCCGCGGAGGUGAAGAAGUCGCAGCACAAGUACAUCGUCGGCCCAAAGGGCAACACCCUGCAGGAGAUCCUGGAGGCCACGGGGGUGUCGGUGGAGAUGCCCCCGCCGGAUUCCGGCUCGGAGACCAUCAUCCUGAGGGGGGAGCCCGACAAGCUGGGCUCGGCCCUCACGCAGGUCUAUUCGAAGGCCAAAAGUGUGACGGUGAUGGAUGUGACGGCUCCGGCCUGGCUGCAUCGCUUCAUUAUUGGCAAAAAGGGACAAAACAUCGGGCGGAUAACACAGCAGCUGCCUCGAGUUCACAUUGAGUUCACCGACGGCGAGGAGCGCAUCAACCUGGAGGGGCCAACGGAGGAGGUGCGGCAGGCUCAGGCCCAGAUACGAGAAAUCAUCAGGGACCUGCUGGUGAGGAUGGACUACACUGAGAUCAUCGUAGACCAGCGUUUCCACAGACAUCUUAUCGGAAAGAACGGCACCAAUAUAAACCGGAUUAAGGAGCAGUACAAGGUGUCUGUGAGAAUCCCGCAGGACUCUGAGCGAAGCAGCCUGGUCCGGAUCGAAGGUGACCCCAAGGGCGUCCAGCUGGCUCGCAGGGAACUCAUUGAGAUGGUUCAAAGAAUGGAGAAUGAGCGGACCAAAGAUCUGGUAGUGGAGCGCAAGUUCCAUCGGACGAUCAUCGGCCAGAAGGGAGAGAAGAUAAAAGAAGUCCGAGACAAGUUCCCCGAGGUUAUCAUCAACUUCCCCGACCCGGCGCAGGAGAGUAACGUUGUUCAGCUGAGAGGGCCCAAGAGCGAGGUGGAGAAGUGCACAAAGUUCCUCCAGAGGAUGAUUGCCGACCUGAUGGAGAAUAGCUUCACGCUCUCAGUUCCCAUCUUCAAGCAGUUCCACAAAAACAUCAUCGGCAAAGGCGGCGCCAACAUCAAAAAGAUCCGCGAGCAGACCAGCACCAAGAUCGACUUGCCCACCGAGAACAGCGACUCCGAGAUGAUCGUCAUCACGGGUAAGAAGGGACACUGCGAGGCGGCCAGAGAUCGAAUCCUCGCCAUCCAGAGAGAACUGGCCAACAUCACAGAGACGGAGGUCGCCAUCCCGGCCAAGCUGCACAACUCCCUGAUCGGCUCCAAGGGCUGCCUGGUGCGCGCCGUCAUGGAGGAGUGCGGCGGCGUCCGCAUCCGCUUCCCUUCCGAGGGCUCGACUUCGGACAGGGUCACCAUCAGGGGGCCCGCCGGCGAGGUGGAGAAGGCCAAGAAGCAACUGCUGCGGCUGGCCGCGGAGAAGCAAGUCAACAACUUCACGGCCGAUCUGGAGGCCAAGCCCGAGUACCACAAGUUCCUGAUAGGGCGCGGCGGGGCCAACGUUCGCCGCGUGCGGGACAGGACGGGCGCGCGCAUCAUCUUCCCGUCGCCUGACGACCCCGAGCAGGAAGUCAUCACCAUUGUGGGGAAAGAGGAAGCUGUUCGCCAGGCACACAAGGAACUAGAAAGCCUGAUCAAAAGCCUGGAUGACGUGGUGGAGGACAGCAUGGAUGUGGAUGUACGCCACCACCGCCAUUUUGUGUGCCGCAGAGGCCGGGUGCUGCGCGAGCUGGCCGACGAAUAUGGCGGCGUGGCCGUCACCUUCCCCCGCACGGGGGCCAACAGCCGACGGGUUUCCCUGAAGGGAGCCAAGGACUGCGUGGAGGCCGCCAAAAAACGCAUACGGGAGAUCAUCAAGGAGCUGGUAGGCAGCGCUGACUUCAUUAGGAAGUGCCAUUUCAUUUUCAUGAUCCAAUGCAGUCAUCCUUCACUGAUUGUGGGUUUUUUUUUAAGAUAAUAAUC